AUUUUGUCAUUUUCCGCGGGUCAUAUGAUUCUCUUGUGCAAGAGGUAUCCAGAGAGUUGUAACCCCCUGCACCAAGCGCAAGUGUUUUUAACUUCCAACGGGACACUCGUGUCCCUAGACUAAGUCAUGGCGAAGGCGUUGGUAGCUCGACUAACUACUGUUCUAAUUGUUUGUGGCAUUACACAUACAUUUACGAUCCCUCACAGAAAUGUAUUGGAUUCUUUCAAAGAUACAACCCAAAAGUUUUCUGAUGAUAGCUGUGUGGACAACGCAUACCCACCAACAGAUGAUCCAAAGGUGGAAACAGAAGUAAUAAAUCUGGAUCUAGCUCCCCAAGAUAGAUACAAUGACUUGGUCGCAAAAAAAGGAAAAGAGAUGCACGAUUUGUUGAAUUAUAUCAAUAACUUCACAAGCUUUAUUGAUCAUGGGAAGCUGUUCGGAAUAAUCGACAAAGAUCUGGGACCAUUGACAGAAACACUGCCCUCACCAUAUAAAGAGGAGAUCCAAGGUCUAUCCACAGCAUCAGGACUAGCCCAAGGGGAAGUCCUCUUGUACAACAUAUUCUAUGAGGUGUUUACCGUCUGUACAUCUAUUGUUGCCGAGGACAAGAAAGGACACAUAUUUCAUGCAAGAAACCUUGACUUUGGACUUUUCCUUGGCUGGGAUAACAAGACUGACACAUGGGCUCUUAGUGAGAUACUGAGACCCUUAGUUAUCAACUUAGACUACAAGAGAGGAGGGAAGACAGUCUACCAGACGGUUACUUUUGCUGGAUAUAUUGGGGUCAUCACUGGAAUUAAACCAGGGGUUUUGACUGUGACAUUAAAUGAACGAUUCAACAUCAAUGGUGGUUUUAUUGGUAUUCUGGAGUGGAUCCUAGGCCAAAGGACUUCUCAGUGGACAAGUUUUCUUACAAGAAACGUACUGGAAUCAGCAAAAAGCUACAAAGAAGCCUAUGACAUGCUCACAAACACAGAGGUCCUAGCACCAGUGUACUACAUUCUCGGAGGAACCAAAUCUGGCCAGGGUGCUGUCAUAACUCGCUCUAGAACAAAGACUUUGGAUGUUCAGGGAUUACUACUGGCGAAUGACACUUGGUUUGUGCUUGAAACAAACUAUGACCCUUGGGGUCCCCCCCUUGUCAUAGAUGACAGACGAACCCCGGGAAAAAUGUGUAUGAACAAGAUGGGGCAGUCUGCUGUCUCCUUCCAAGGGUUGUACAAUGUGCUUUCUACGCAACCAGUGCUGAACAAGCUGACUACCUAUACUGUUGUGAUGCAAGCAUCCUCGGGUAAAAUGGAAUCGUACAUCAGGCACUGCGAAGACCCUUGCUUCCCUUGGUGACCCACGGGAAGGACGACAAUUAAAAAAGAACCUUAUAUGGGAUGAUGCCUAGUGCACACUAGUUACAUAACGACAUAACGACAUGGGAGCGAGCACUCUUAUCUUCGUAUGUCGGACUUAUAAGAGUGCGCGCGCCUAUAUUGUUAUGUCGUUAUAUCACUAGUGUGCACUAGGCAUAAUUAGAUAUGUGGUUUAAGAAAAAAAAAGGCCACACCCCCAGAUUGACACGAAGGACAACCGCGCAGGAGAAUACCUACAAAAAAACGACGGCGUCUUUGAUUCUAGAAGCUUUCAACCUUUACCAUGUCGUCCGCCACUUUAUUUGUGAAGGAUCGUGUUGAUUUUUUUUAUUAUUGUUAUUGAUUAUAGAUGCAAUGCAGGCAUGUAAAAGGGUCGGAAAUGGAUUUUUCUGUUUAUAAUUUCCUCCAAUACAUCCUCUGUACAGCCGUAAGGCUGUAUUUUGGUUGACGUACAAUUUUUUGUAAAAAUGAAAAAAAAGUAACUUGAAAAUAAACUUCGCUAAAUAAAA